GGGCUGUCUUUAUAAAGGAAGAGGGACCACAUUCUACUGUCUGGGAGCAACACAGGAAUAAACCCUCUCCUAUGUGCCAAAUAAAUGAGCCUCUGACAAAAGGAACAUCUUCAGAAAAUCUCUCCUGCAGCUCUUAAUGGCUAGAUGGGGUCCUAACAGAAUAAGCAAGUCCCUGGGAGUCAGGUUCCAAACCAUUUAACAGUGACACCUUAAAUUGUGCCUAUUUAGCACAAAUGGAUUCAGGUACUCAGUAUCCUCCAGAUGGAUCUGGAGUUGCAAGACGACCUGUCUUUCUAAACGUGUUACCUCCUCUGAGCCUUCGGGCAACUUCCAUUACCUCGUAUGGAUGUUCUGGCCUUUUACUUUUGCAUCACCUCGUGCGUGUUGCCCAUCAAUACUUUUUUGCAGAAGUCCAAGAAGGACCCACUCACCAAAAUAACCAGGGAUAGUUUUAACAAAGCGAAGUUAGUACUAUGUAAAGUAAGUACUAUCAGAAUCUGGCUCGCAGAACUUGCCUAAUUAGCAAAACUUCACGAGAUUAGCAUUAUGUAACUUUAAACUUUAUUCCAGCAUUACACAGCUAAGUUUACUACGGCAUCAGCUGUUGUGAAUGAAACUCAGUGUAUUUAUCUAAUAGCGUCAUAUACAGUCAGGAACUCGUGACUAGAAACUCGACCCCUUCCACUUUUCUGCAAAUUUUACAGCAAUCGGCUAAAAGCAACCUCCUUCCAACAACGAACUACAUUUCCCAUUAUACCUUGGCAUCGCCCCGUUGCUUCAGUUCUCUUCCGGUUCUCUGCGUUGCCUAGAGCUCUUCUACGCCGGAAGUGGCUCGCAGAACUUGCGUAGAGCCGCUUUAACGGCUGAGCCCCUCAGUCCAGCGAGUGUUGGGCAAAGAGUCAGCAGUCGCUGAGCGGCCAUGGCGCUGAACAGGAACCAUUCGGAGGGAGGCGGCGUUAUCGUCAAUAACAGCGAAAGCAUCUUGAUGAAUUAUGAGCACAUUGAAAUGACAUUCCAUGAUAUGGAACAUAUGCCAGAUGCAUUCAAAGGGACCAAGAAAGGCAGUGUCUUCAUGACUCCGUAUCGAGUUAUUUUUGUAUCUAAGGGAAAAGAUCCAAUGCAGUCUUUCAUGAUGCCCUUUUAUUUAAUGAAAGAAUGUGAAAUUAAGCAACCGGUAUUUGGAGCAAAUUACAUCAAGGGUAUAGUAAAAGCAGAGGCAGGAGGUGGUUGGGAAGGAUCUGCAACAUUCAAAAUGACAUUCUCGGCUGGAGGUGCCAUUGAAUUUGGACAGCGUAUGUUGCAAGUAGCAUCUCAAGCUUCAAGAGGAGAAGUUCCAAAUGGAGCCUACGGUUACUCAUACAUGCCAAAUGGGGGCUAUGCCUUUCCACCACUUGCUACCAAUGGGAUGUAUCCUCCUCCUCCUCCUUCAGGAUACCCCUACCCACCACCACCUCCUGAAUUGUAUCCUGGUCCACCAAUGGAUGGUGCUAUGGGGUACAUGCAGCUUCCACCUCCUCCCUAUCCUGGGCCUAUGGAGCCACCUGCUGCUGGCCCAGAUCUUCCCACCACUCCAGCAGGUAAGUUGUUUGCUUAAAGGCCAAGGCAGGAA